AUGAGCAGUGAACCUCAAGCAAAGCGUACAAAAAUGAGUGCCUUAGACCAAUUAAAACAAUUUUCAACUGUUGUGGCCGAUACCGGUGACUUCGAAGCUAUGAAGGCUUACAAACCUACAGAUGCCACUACCAAUCCAAGUUUAAUUCUUUCUGCGGCUGGAAUGGAACAAUAUCAACAUUUGCUGGACAAAGCUAUCAAAUAUGGAAUUGAAUGUGGGGGAAAUCUAGAAGAACAAUUGUCUGAAGUCAUGGACAUGUUAAGUGUUUUGUUUGGUUGUGAAAUACUUAAAAUUAUACCUGGACGUGUUUCUGUUGAAGUAGAUGCACGAUUGUCAUUCAAUAAGGAUGCUAGUAUGGCAAAAGCAAUAAAAUUAAUUGGUAUGUUUGCUGAGCAAGGUAUCAAGAAAGAGAGGAUUUUGAUCAAACUUGCAUCAACAUGGGAGGGUAUCCAAGCUGCAAGGGAAUUGGAGAAAAAACAUGGUAUUCAUUGUAAUCUAACUCUUCUGUUCUCAAUGUGCCAAGCAAUUGCUUGCGCUGAGGCCAAUGUGACACUUAUUUCACCAUUUGUUGGAAGAAUAUUGGAUUGGUAUGUGGAACACACAAAGUUGACAUAUGAACCCAAGGAUGAUCCGGGAGUGUUAUCUGUUUCCCGUGUAUACAAUUACUACAAGAAGUUUGGCUACAAGACACAGGUUAUGGGGGCAUCAUUCCGUAACAUUGGAGAGAUAAAAGAGCUAGCCGGCUGUGAUUUGCUCACCAUCAGUCCCAAGCUGCUUCAGGAGCUUGCAAACAGUGAACAGUCUCUUAAGAAGGUUCUCGAUCCAAAAACAGCGGCUCAAUGUGACAUUCAGAAAAUAUCUUUAACGGAGGCUCAGUUCCGCUGGCAACUGAACGAAGACCAAAUGGCCACUGACAAACUUUCCGAGGGCAUCAGAAAAUUUGCAGCGGAUGGCAGGAAGCUGGAAUCUCUCAUUAAAUCAUUACUCUCUAAGAAGUAA